UUUAGUAUAUUUUUGGGGUGUGCGUGUGUGUGUGAGUGAGCGAGAGUGUGCGUGCUGGCGCGCGCGCGCUCUUGCAAUUCCAAAAUUAAUGGCCAUGAGUUCUUUCUUGAUCAACUCCAACUAUGUGGACCCCAAAUUCCCACCAUGCGAAGAAUAUUCCCAGCACGAUUACCUUCCCAGUCAUACUCCGGAAUAUUUCAGCGGCCAGAGGCGACAGGAGAACUCUUUCCAACACGAGGCGUUGUACCCAGCGCGGUCCGCCUGUAACCAACCAUCCUAUCCUCCAUGUCAGGGCUCUGGGCACCAGCCACUGGUCCUCUCCCCCAGGAGCCAACAUGCUCCGGCUGGACUUCAGAACCAUCUCUCCGAACCAAAUCAUACUUGCGAAUCCAUCACGCCAAGCCCACCGCCUUCCUGUAGCCAAAACUCUCUCAACCAAAGCCCUGGCAAAGAGCCGGUAGUUUAUCCUUGGAUGAAGAAGGUUCAUGUUAGCACGGUCAACCCCAACUAUACCGGAGGGGAGCCCAAGCGCUCCAGGACAGCCUACACGAGGCAGCAAGUGCUGGAGCUGGAGAAAGAAUUUCACUACAAUCGCUACCUCACCCGGAGGCGAAGGGUGGAAAUCGCUCACUCCCUUUGCCUGUCUGAGCGUCAGAUCAAGAUAUGGUUUCAAAAUCGGAGGAUGAAAUGGAAAAAAGACCACAAGUUACCCAAUACUAAGAUCCGAUCAAAUGCUGCUGCCAACCUGCCGGUGCCAGGCGGGGCAGGAGGCCCCCAGGACCGAACCAAUGGGCCGACCCUGAAACCCACCCCCAACCUAUAACCAUCCUUGAAUGCGACCUGAGGGUGUGUGUGGGUGCGUGCGCACAUGUGUGUGUGUGUGUGUGUGUGUGUGUGUUGAGAGCAGGAUGUAUAUGAAUGCUUGUGUUAAGAAGUGAUUAUGGAACGGAAGGUCGCUUUGUGGCUUUACUGUUCCCUGAGAAGAAAGAUGGGGGCCAUUAGGGAUAUGGAGGUAGGUGGGUGGGAUCUCUAUUUAUAAGAGGAAGAGGAAACAAAGGAGAAGGUGGGUGGUUUCUCACUGGCCAGGUUGUGUUUGGGGGUAGUUUCUCUGUUCUACUGUAUAGGAGGUAGGGGUUUCCAGAUUUGGCUAAGAUGGAUCCCUUCUUCAUCCUUAAUCAAGCCAAACUUGGGCCCAUUUGUCAUGUUUACUCUCCCGUACAAACGAAGGACCUUAUGCCAACCAUUAGCUCGACAGCCAGCGUCAUCUUUAAUAAAUGAGGCUUGGUUUCACCUAAGGAGGACUGGAUUCUUUCUCUCUCUCCCUCUCCAUCUUCCUUUCUUUCUGUCUCCUCUUUCGCAUCCCAUCCUUAUUGCUCCCCAUGCCCCCCUAUCAUCCAUCCUCACCUACCACACAAGCCAUCCUAAAGAGAGAGGGCUGAUUAAGACUAUUGAAAGCUGUUUUAAUGCAUUUAUGGAUGAGGGGAUGAUUAGAAUUGGGGAGGGGGCAGGAGAGUGAACCCUCUAAAGAUAUAAUUGGCUGGUGAACAUAGUAAGAAAGGGGCCCAAAAGGAACAAAUAAAACAAAAUGAGAAGAGCAACAAAAAAUGGGGGGGUCUUGAAAUAAUAAACCCAUUAAAAAUGGCAGCUUCUUCAGGUUAAUUACAUAACAUGGAAAACAUGGAAAGCCAAGAGUGCUGUACAUUUCACUCCAUGAAGUUGAUUAUAAGGCCAUCUGCGUUCUAGUAGCCAUUAAAACGGGAGGGGGGCCUUAUUUAUAAGAGUACCCCUCUGGUUUCUUUAUACUCGAUUUUGGACCAAAUAAUGUAGGCAUAAAGAUGGGACUUAAGGGAAUUCCCCCGGGGAAUUAGGGGGGAUAUAUACGGCCUCUGAACCUUACCUUCCCUGCAUCCUUUUUUCACAGGCACAAAUCCUUUCUUCCCCUCCCUUCCCUCUAAGACAUUCCAAAAUGGGGUGAUGCCAGAGAACUCUGUGGAGGGAGAGAAGAUGCCUCCCUCUUUUGCUUUUGUAUAAUUACUUCUCGCUGUUUUGUGUGAUAUCCAUGCAAAUGUGUAUAUAGUAUACCACAAAAUAAAACAUUUUAUUGUGAACA